GCAGAGUGAACCACGAUAGCACAAACCUUGAGCAACCCUCUCCUCUGCUACUUCCAACAAAGGGAGGAAUGGAGAGAGUACCAGGGGUGGGAGAGCAGAAGUCAGCAAAAAAAGUUGAUGAAGCUGGCCAAGACGAUGAUAAUACCUCAGUACCCUGGCUGAAGUUGGGUCUUGAUGCGCCAAAAAGUGAAGAAGCUAAGCCUCCGGAGGCCAAAUCGGUGGCCACUCCACAUAGGACUUUCUCCUGCAACUACUGCAUGAGAAAGUUCUUCAGCUCGCAGGCCCUUGGUGGACACCAGAAUGCACACAAGAGGGAGAGGUGUGCAGCAAGGAAGUCACACAGGUUUCAAAUGAUGAUGGGCCUCCCUCCAGCCGCUUCCAUUCUCCAACCUUUGAGAGUGAACUCCCACUCCACAGUUCUGAAGGAGCAUGGUGAUAGAGCUGCUGUUGUCGUAGCAAGAUUUGAUGGAGGCCAGAUGAGUGCCUGGAUGCCUUUUGCAGUGGAAGAAGCUGGAGGGUUGGUAUGGCCAGGGAGCUUCACAGCAAGUUCACCGGAGUCCAAGAAGCAAACAGAGAAAAAUCUUGAUCUGACCUUGCGCUUGUAAAUUUGCAAUUCACAGAUAGGCCAUUAUAUAUAAGCAUUUCUGAGAAGUGUAAUCUUUUUUAACAAUUUCUGUUGGGUGAACAAGUAUAAAGUGCACGGUGAGAAUGAAAAUUUUAAACC